AUGCGUUUCCACACCGUCGCUAUGUUGACUGGCGCUACUGCCGUUGCUGCCGGUAACACCGCAACCCUCCUUCUGCCCGGCUUUGAGGGCCAGGAUCUCCAGGCUAGCGUUAUCGAAUCCAAUGGAGAUGCGACCACCUACAAGAUCACCUGCCCCAAGACCGCUGAUUCUUGCGGUAUUGCUGGCGAGGGCAUGACCGCAAUUGCCGCCCCCACCUCCAUGCAGCUGCAGAACAUCAACCUCCAGGGAACCACUGGAACCGUUUCCUGCAACGUUGCCGGCACCACUUAUGCCUCGUGCCAAGCCUCCGCUGGCACCGUAACCCCGUCGGGCACCCUGGACCAAGAUGAUCUGAACUGGAUGCCUGUGACUAUCUCUGCCACCCCGACCCCGACGUCGACCCCUACCCCAACGCAGACCCCCACUAGCACCAGCAUCAGCACCACCGAGGUGACCUCCACCUCCACCCCGACGAUCACAUCCUCGUCGACCCUCGUCGUCUCGAGCCCCAAGAUGUCCUCCUCGGCUUUCGUUUCAUCCACCCCUGUGGCUUCCUCCACCCCUCUGGUGGCUGCACCCACCAGCUCCGCUGUCAUCGGAACCGGUGCCCCUGCCGCUUCCUCGACUCCCUUCAACGCCGCCGGCCAGCUGGCAGGCAGCGUUUGGACCGUCGGUGGUGCUUUCCUCGCUCUGGCCUGCGCUUUUGCGUAA